AUGGUAGAAGAGAAAAAUAUAUUCUUUAAAUUUGAUACAUUUAUUCAAUAUAGCACGAAAGCUCUUAACAAAGAAAAACAACGCACAGACAUGCUACUUUACCAGAUGUUACCGAAGUCUAUAGCAGAGAUGCUGAAAAGACGUGAACAAGUAGAUGCCGAACAAUACAAUGAAUCAACCAUAUUCCUUAGUGACAUUGUAGGGUUCACAGCAAUAUGCGCACAGAGUUCACCACUUCAAGUUAUUGAUCUGCUCGGUAAUGUCUACACAACCUUUGAUGAGAGGAUUGACGUACAUGACGUUUACAAAGUAGAAACUAUAGGAGAUGCGUACAUGGUCGUGUCUGGUGUACCAAAGCGUAAUGGUAAACGGCACGCAUCAGAAAUUGCCACAAUGUCUUUAGAUCUUCUGAGAAAUGUCAAGAGAAUUGAAAUAUCACAUCUGCCUGGUAUAAGACUAAAGAUACGGAUAGGCAUACAUUCAGGUCCUACUGUUGCUGGAGUUAUUGGAACAAAAAUGCCACGGUUCUGUUUAUUUGGGGAAACAGUCCGUAUUGCGUCAAAGAUGGAAUCACGCGGGAAAGCAAAUAGGAUACAGAUAAGCCAAGCUACACGAGAUCUACUCCUCGCUAUCGGUGGAUUUGACAUGGAAGAAAGAGAAAAUGAUGUAGUCAGGAGAGAAAUUCUUAACGCUUUUCCUGGAAUGACAGGUAGGACAUAUUGGUUACGGAAUGUUGAUGGUUUGAACAGACGGGCGUCAGAACACUCCAGCAGUUCAGAGACAGAAGACGAAUCUUGUUGCACAGAAACAUCAGGGGCUUUGAAGUCUUAUUUCCCAAACUGAAGAAACAUCCGUUUUAUAACAGAGAAAGAUCUGCUGCACUCGGUGAAAUGAAGAUUAUAAUUUAAUUCAUAUUGGAUUAUAUCAUCAUGUAUAUUAAUAGAUGAUAAAUAAAUGUUUUGGUGUAUUGUUAAAACGGAAUUUUUAUAUGUUGUGUCGUCCUGAAUAUGCAUAAAAAGUUUUCACUGGACGGAGAACAAACAACAAUCAAUAAAUCUUAUGAUUCCAAUUGUGCAUUAAGGUGGUACCCAACACCUUGACUUAUAUCAAUUUGGCUCGUUUAAUUUUCAUAAAAUUUUGACAAAAUGUUAACUUUGACCCUUUGACAAAAAUAUAAAAAUUUCAAAAAAUUUGAACCAACCACUUUAUCAGAAAAAUUUCGUUGGUUAUAUAGCAGUUUGACAAACGCUAAUUUUGAUCAUUGCGAAGCUUAAUAUUUCUUUAACAAUACAACGUAAUUAAAACGUUUAGCUGAUUUUUACAGAGUUAUCUCCCUGUAGUGUUAGGUACCACCUUAAGAAUCCAGUUAACAAAUUUCUGCCAGAUACUGUUUUUAAAUUGAAACAAAUGACUGGAUUUCACAUCCCUUUAUGUUAACACAUUCCUUUUAUGUCUGCUUUUUUCGAGGAAUCGAAAUCGGAAAAAAUCGGAAUCAUUACAACAGAGAAAACUGAUUUAAGCAAUAACAUAAAAUGAAAAACAAUCGUGACAGACGGCAAUUACAGACAACCACUUUUGGUUUUUGUGGUGGGGUUAAACAUAUUUUUGAGCGAUCAAACCUUCCCCUUAUAUUGAACAGUGUUGUAACAACACACAUAUAUGGCAAAAGGCUUGAAUAAUUCAAUAGGUACUAUCUACGCACAAAACAAAGGAUACAAAAGACACAAAGUACCGAUCUAAGAGGACUGGCAGUUACUGAGAAAUACGAUAUAAGUUAGUACAUUUCAGACUUAUUAAUUUUGAUUUGGAAGCUCAAACUUUUAAAUUAAAACAUUAAAACAUCAACAAUUUUUUUCUUGCAUUGGUAUCUGUUCCAAAGAAUGUUACUUGACACAAACAUGAAACAAACAUCAAAACCUGUCAUUACUAUUUUCAUUGUCAAAUAAAAAUUUCAAGAAAUAUUUGAAAUGGAGUGUAAA